AUGCCCCAAAACGAGGCUGCCGCUGCCAUUGACCCCAUCGUCGGUGGCACCUUUUCCCGGUUACUUUUCUCUGACCUCGAUGACGUCACUCCCUCGGCUGGCCAUCACUUCACAUUUUCUUCUGAUAAACAAGAUGUAAAACCACCUAAAAUGUUGUGCUUUGCCACAGAUAAUUAUAACUACUCUCAGAAUUCCGUCACUGAUGACUCAUCAUCGCCGUCAUCAACCACCAACAGCACCAUCACCUCUUUAUCUUCUAAUUCCAAUAUGAAAAGAAAUAUGGGGUGUGACAUUUACCAAACGAUUACUUUGCCCACUAAUGUAACACCCAUUGACGGUGGCGCUACGGCAGCUCCGGUGAAGACCAUCCGUCGCAACAAUAAAAAGGCAAAAGUUGAAAACAUGCUUCCGGCAAGCCAUGCAAAGGUGAAGAAGGAGAAGCUUGGGGAAAGAAUAGCAGCCCUGCAACAGAUAGUGUCACCUUAUGGCAAGACAGACACCGCAUCAGUGUUACACGAGGCAUUCGGUUAUAUAAAGUUUCUUCACGAACAAGUGCAUGUCUUGUGUUCUCCGUACUUAAAGCGUCUCCCAACAACCCAUAUUGAAGGGCAAGAAGAUGGAGGUGGACAGAGGAAAAGGGGUCUCAAGAACCGGGGUUUAUGCCUGGUCCCUGUUGAGGGCACCCUCCAUGUGGCAGAAAGCAAUGGUGCUGAUAUGUGGUCAAAUGCAAUGGGCAAUCGCCAUGGUGCUUCGCUGCACUAA